GUCACGCGAAAGGUUGAUUUCCCAUUGGAGCGUUUUGAGUGACGGCAAUCUAUCCCUGUCCCCGGAAGUGGAGUCUAUUUUCCGUCGAGGCCGCUCAGCAGUCAGACGUUGGAGCUUUGAGCCGCACAUCUCUGCCAGAACCAUGGUGUGUAUUCCCUGUAUUGUAAUUCCAGUUCUCCUGUGGGUCUACAAAAGAUUCCUUGAGCCAUAUCUCUACCCUAUCAUCUCACCUUUCAUCAAGCGCAUUUGGCCCAGGAAAAGAAUUGAGGAAACAAUGAAGCAAGACCAAUCAGGAAACACUGAAAGCAAGCAUGAAUUGUCAGACAAGUACGAGUCCGAACUUUCUGAAACUGAAAGCAAUGGCAUCGCAAAUGGAUUUGCUGGAAGUGGAUCUACAGAGAUUUCUGACAAAAAGACUGAUUAAGGAUGCCUGUGCUGUGGGAUGAUGGCAGCUAUAGGAAAUGAACUGAUAAUACUGUUCCCAGUUUCAAAUGUCAUUGCACUUUUACGUGAAUAGAACCUUGGAAUAUAUAUAGAAAUACACAGAUGUAGAAAGACUAAAGAUGAUUCUAUCUAUAUAGUUGAGAAAAAAUGUUAAUAUAUUCUCUCAUUCCUUCCGACACUCAGAGCUGGAACUCUCUCCAAUGCAGUGCAGCUGGUGGUAGAGAUUUUAGGUUCAAGAGUUUAACAAAAAAACACUAUGUUCAAACUUGCAACUAGUUUCACAAACUUUCCUGAAACUCACAAUUAUUUUACACACCUUUUAAAAAGCUAGAUUUCUUCUCUACUGUAGCUGAUAUGAUUAGUGCUGUAAAUACCCAAAGCUAUUAAUAAAUUCUAAUAACUUGCUGUUCUUA